AUGGUUGCAGGCUUCGAGAAAGCAUGCCAUCGAUGCAUCUCCAAAAUUGCCAGCAAUGGUAGGUUUCCUGAGAAAGGGAGAUAGUGGCAAGAGCACUACAGGGAUUCAACAAAGGAUGCUGAUUGCAGGUCAAGCAGGGAGGCUGCAACUAAGCAAUACCUGUCCCAACUCAGUUUGCAUCACUGUCUGAUAGCAAUGGAUGAAUCCAUCCAUUUCGCUUCUCAAAGUUUCCCAUUGUUCCAAUUUUAAAUUCAGUUCUCCACACGGUUGCAGUAAUUUGCAUUAAAAACAAUCCAUAUGAAACUCUCAGCAUCUUAGUGCAAAUUUCUAAUAUGCAUUUCUUUGUAUGCAAUUUCCCCAAAUAAACACAUUUUUGGAAAACAAUUCCCCCAAAUGUAAUGUAUUUUUGUAUGUAAUUUUCCCUAAUAUAUGCAUUUUUGGGCACAUUUUACCCCAGUAUCACCUGCCGACCUAGCAGUUCGAAAGCACGUCAAAGUGCAAGUAGAUAAAUAGGUACCGCUCCGACGGGAAGGUAAACGGCGUUUCCGUGCGCUGCUCUGGUUCGCCAGAAGCGGCUUAGUCAUGCUGGCCACAUGACCCGGAAGCUGUACACCGGCUUCCUCGGCCAAUAAAGCGAGAUGAGAGCCGCAACCCCAGAGUCGGCCACAACUGGACCUAAGGGUCAGGGGUCCCUUUACCUUUACCCAGUAUAUGUACCGUAUAUACCCAGUAUAUGUGUUUUUUACACAUUGCUAUUGCAACAUUUAGAGUGGUGACAAUUUUGAAAAAUGGCUGUGUUUCAGUUCCUAUAUUGUUUUGGAAAGUAUGAAUUAGAUAGGUUUGCCAUUAAAUGAGAAGAGAAUUUAAUUGCUCCUUCAUUCCUACUGUCUACCUGUGUAUGUGACAAAAAUGGAGGGCAUUUGGAGGAUGUUUUAUCACUGUCUAUAACUUGUCAUUUAUUUCCUUACAGCUUGCUUCAUUUUUGGACUCCUUGCUUUCCUAGCAUUACCACUGUCUAUGGCUUUUACAGGUAAGUACACUGCCAAAAUAAAAAUACUAUAGCAACCAGGAGAUAAUGAGUUAAAUGAUAUGGAUAAAAUCCAACAAUGUGCAAGCAGGUUUUUGGUUCCCACCUUCCAUAGCAGGUUUUUGGUUCUGGUUGGGGUGGGGUAGAGAGGGGGGGGGAGUUCUGUUGCAUGAAGAGAAGUCUGAUUUGCUUGUGCAAAAACACUAUUGGAUUGCAGCUUCAUGUAGGAAAUUAGCAGGUUUUUUUUGUUUCCCUACGUCAGGAGAGCCAUCACCUCCUAAAUUCCUUGCAUGUCAGACAGUUGUUGAAAUUGCAGGAAUCUGCUGGAAGGAUGCUGGUAAUCCUAACUUUGGCAGGAAUGAUAAUGAUAUUAUGAUAAUGAUAUUAUGAUUGUUUCUUAGUUACUUAAUCUUGCCCAGGGCAGCCCAAAGCAACUUACAACCAACCAACCAACCAACCAACCAACCAACCAGACAAUAAACUCCAGAUAGAUUACAACCUAUGGGACGCGGAUGAUGCUGUGGUCUAAACCACAGAGCCUAGGGCUUGCUGAUCAGAAGGUCGGUGGUUUGAAUUGGCGGAUCGAAUCCCCACGACGGGGUGAGCUCCCAUUGCUCAGUCCCUGCUCCUGCCAACCUAGCAGUUCGAAAGCACGUCAAAGUGCAAGUAGAAAAAUAGGUACUGCUCUGGCAGGAAGAUAAACGGUGUUUCCGUGCGCUGCUCUGGUUCACCAGAGGCGGCUUAGUCAUGCUGGCCACAUGACCCGGAAGCUGUACGCCGGCUCCCUCGGCCAGUAAAGCGGGAUGAGUGCCACAACCCCAGAGUCAUCCGCAACUGGACCUAACGGUCAGGGGUCCCUUUACCUUUAGAUUACAACCUAGAGUAAAGAGAAAUACAUUGUAAACAUCCCACCCACUUCUAAAAGGCCACAGAUAUCCAAAGGCCAUAGGCCUGGUUAUAGAGGGAAGUUUUUGCCUGAAGCUUAAAGAUAUGUAGCGAAUGCACCAGGGGAAGAACAUUCCACAAACGGGGAGCCACAGCAGAAAAGGCCCGUUCUCAUGUUGCCACCCUCUGGAACUCUCCUGUUAUUUUACAUGUUGUGCAAAAUGUGUUAGGGCUGUAGCACCACUGCAGUUGUGAAUCAGUGCACCUGCCCUUUUGCUUCUGCACGUGAGACUUGAUCGAAAUAAUUUACUUUGUUUGUUGUUCCUCAGGAAUGAAGUUUUUAGACGACUGUCCAGUCCAGCCGCUAAUCCCCUUAUAUCUACUUGUGGGUGGUGUGGUUGGCAGUUUGAAGGUAUUGCUGUUCACUGAACAAUAUUUUCCUCUGAGGAGAUUUGUGAUGAAGUUUGUAUGGAAUUAUCUUCAUUCAUAGAAGAUACAAAAAAACCCCAACCACCAUGGUUUUAUCUUAGUGAAUUAACUUCAAGGAAAUAAGGAUCUGACUCAGGAGGAGACUUCUGGAUUGAGAAAGGAUCACACAUUGUGUAGCCUUUUAAAAAUGUUUCUAUUUAAACUAUUUUAUUCAGUACAACUAGUUUUGUGUGUGAAUCUUUUAAUCUCAGUCACCUCUCGGUUUCUCAUUUUUUCUCACUCUUUUCUCACAUUUCCACAUCAGUCUGUGAUUUUUUUUAAAAAAGCCCACAUGAAAAUCCAUCAGCAUUUUGAUGCAAAUUUCUUUGCACUACUUUGUAUGCAAUUUUGCCUAACAUUUAUUGUAAACCACUUAGAGAUGUUGCUACGAAGCAGCAGCAGCAUAUAAAUAUUGUUAAAUGAAAACAAAUGUUUGAUACCGAGGAGCCAAAUCUGGAAUAUAAUGAUCCCUCCGGGAUUUUUUUUAACCUUUGUGCAAUGUCUAGGUUGGUCUUCUGCUCUUUGACUCCACCCGGAUGAGGCAGCUGCUUACCAAAUCGGUUAUGAUUGACGAUGACGACGACGACGAGUAUCCCUGGAGACAGAAUGCUCACAAAUAUUACAUACACCUCACCCUCAGCCUCUUCCUCUUCCUCUGGUUCAUCCUGGGGAACUACUGGGUGUUUUCCGUCUACCUGCCUAAUUUCAUCCCGCCUUUCCAUCACCCUCAAGAUUACUGUGAUAAAAUCCUGUACGUUUUUGCAGUUGGGGUGCUUGUCGUGAGCCACACCGUUCUGGCUUUGCUGAUCUUCUGCAGCUGCUGUGUUUAUUGCUGCUCCAGGCAACGAUAUGCUACAGAGGAGGACUGAAAAGGGGGUGGAAAGCCAUAGAAGAUGAGCCAUGGGACUAUUAGAGAAGCAACAGGGAAGAGAAAGAGGCAAUUCUGGUAUUUGUUGGUCAUGCUCACCCUCCCUGAACACAUAGUGCAUAUGACUAGCAAACUCCAUGGAGGUCUGUUUUACAUGGUUACUUUUUUCUCUCCUGUGGAAAUAAAUGUGGACGGUAGACAAAGUCUGUCUAUUUGAAAGGUAGUAAAAAGGGUCUUUUUUGCUCUGGCGCAUGCCAAGGAAAGCAUCAACUUCCCAGUGCAUGCCCUGGAAGUGAGACGCUUGCACUGCCACACCACGCCUUUUUUUUUAAUGCUUUCUCAAACGUAUUUACUGAUUUCAGUGGUAGAAAUGAUGGAACGUGGGGCGGAGGUGAGAAUGAGGCUAGCGUUGGGCACACAAGUAAAUUACUAUUCUCCCCCGCCCCCAUAGAAAAUGCAGGUAUGAUGUAGUUAAAUUGGGACGGGAAGUCUGAAAGCUGCUCCAGCUUGUCUGCCUAUUGAGUAUUCAUGUUGAUUUGCUUGCACAGACGUUAGAUGAUGUUUGGUCUUUAUUGAGUGUUUGUUCCUAUUUGUUUGUGGAGAGGAUAUACGACAAUGAGCAUUUGCUUGCACAGAGCUUAUACAGCUUUCCAUUAAUG